AUUUAUUUUUUAAUUAGAAAACAUGAUUACUAAAAUCACUUUCUUUACUCUAAGGCGUGGGAAUCUAAAUUGUCGAAACUUUUCCUUGUAAUAAUGAUUUUCAUUGUUAAUUUCAUCAAAAUAUUAGGCGGGAUGGCAAAAGUGAUCAAUUAAUGGAUGAUUUUGAAUCGGAAAUCUGUCAUUGGCAAAUUAGGCAGGGGAAGGAAGGAGUUGGUACGAAAAUGGUGCAAAACUACUUCACUAAUUGUAAAAUUACUCCCAUUUUAUCUCUCUCUCUUUUGUCCCUUUAGUUGCGAGCUUUGAUCCCUCCGAUCCCAACCUUGUCAGCCGCACAACUCUCCGAAGCUGACAAGCAAAGUCCUUCAGUAGGGUGUUGUGGGUUCUUUGACAGAAGAUGACCGAGUCACCUGUCAGCUGCAGUCCUUAUCCAACGUAGUGUUGGCAGAGUUCACAGUUAUGCUUCUCUCUGACAGGAAUCAGGCUUCGUUAGUCAACCAGUGUGUUCUCAAUGAAGUUUGAAGGACUUAUUGUAGCUUGGAAGAGUUGUUGGGAUCUUGAAGCUGGAUGGAAUCUUGAUGGAGUUGCUGAAAGCUUGAAGCAUGAAAACUUGAUGGAUGCUUGAUGGAGUUGCUGGAAUCUUGAGGCUUGAUAGAAUUGUCGGAGGUUUCAUGCAGAAACUAAAAUAGGAAGUGAUGUUCAAUAAGGGAUCAUCAUGCAUCAAAAGAUACUAAAAAAUGGUGAGUGUAUGGAGACGGGAGGAGAUGUGAUCAGAUGGUUGACGGUGGCACAAAGAGAUAUUUUGGCACUUGUAAGUUGAAUGAUAAACGUGGUCUCCAUUCCAAGUAUACAUGUCCGAUAUCCCAACAGGCCUAUAUUCAUUGGUAAACAUGGCUGAUGGAUCUCUCAUCAUCUUCCCUUCCUCUCCCCUUCUAUGCCCCGAGAUUCUUAUAUUGGUCUGUCACCAGGAGCUUCUAUUAAUGGUAGAAUUUCCAGCAAUAUCUUGAAUAUCAGGUAUUUUCAUGCAACUGCUUUCAUGCUGGCAUGGAGAAGAAAACAGGAUGAAGUACCUGGCCUAAAACUUCAAAGAAAAGAGAAGCAAAUAAGAAGAGAAAACAAAAACCAAGCACCUGUUGAAGCACCUUAUGUACCUCCUAGAAAACUUAAUCUGAAGCCUUCUCAGGAUAAAAUUAUAGAAAUUUUUGAAGGCAUGACAAUCCAUGAGCUUGCCAAGAGAACUAGUUCCAGUAUUGGUGCAUUGCUAGAGAUACUAAGUAAUGUCGGCGAGAAAGUUGAUUCUGAAUUUGAACCAAUCAGUGUUGACAUUGCUGAGCUGAUUGCAAUGGAAGUUGGUGUGAAUGUGAGAAGAUUACAUUCUGAUAAAAGUGGAGUUCUUCAACCACGGCCUCCAGUUGUGACAGUCAUGGGUCAUGUGGACCAUGGCAAAACAUCCCUUUUGGAUGCUCUGCGCCAAACUUCAGUUGCAGCUAGGGAAGUUGGUGGGAUUACCCAGCACUUGGGUGCUUUUGUUGUAGAGAUGCCUUCAGGAGCCUCAAUAACAUUCCUUGACACCCCAGGGCAUGCUGCCUUCAGUGCUAUGCGUGCUAGAGGUGCUGCUGUUACUGACAUUGUUGUGCUUGUAGUAGCAGCAGAUGAUGGUGUUAUGCCACAAACGCUUGAAGCUAUUUCCCAUGCAAAAGCAGCCAAUGUCCCAAUUGUUGUAGCUAUAAAUAAGUGUGAUAAACCAUCAGCUGAUCCUGAGAGAGUGAAAAUUCAACUUGGAUCUGAAGGAUUACAAUUGGAAGAUAUGGGUGGUGAUGUGCAAGUUGUUGAAGUUUCUGCUACUACUAAAGCAGGAUUAGAUAGGUUGGAGGAGGCUUUGCUACUUCAGGCUGAGAUGAUGGAGCUGAAGGCUAGAAUUGAUGGGCCUGCUCAGGCUUAUGUAGUUGAAGCCAGACUUGACAGGGGCAGGGGACCCUUGGCUACUGCCAUAGUCAAGUGUGGAACCUUGUCUUGCAGUCAACACAUUGUUGUUGGGGCAGAGUGGGGGAGAAUAAGGGCUAUAAGGGACAUGUUUGGAAAGGUAAUAGAAUCAGGUCAACCUGCAUUGCCAGUUGAGAUUGAAGGACUACGGGGGCUUCCAAUGGCUGGAGAUGACAUUAUUGCGGUGCAUUCAGAAGAGAGAGCACGCAUGCUUAGUGCUGGAAGGAAGAAGAAAGUUGAAAAAGAUAGACUUCUCAAGGUCAGUGAAGUGCACAUAGACACUCCUGAUACUGAAGAAGAGGUAUCAAAAAGGGUAGAGUUGCCUGUCAUUGUCAAAGCUGAUGUCCAAGGCACUGUUCAAGCUGUUACAGAUGCAUUAAGGAGUUUGAAUAGUCCACAGGUUUUUGUUAAUGUUGUUCAUGUUGGUGUUGGCCCCAUAUCCCAGUCAGAUAUUGAUUUGGCAGUCGCUUGUGGAGCUUGCAUUGUUGGGUUUAAUAUACGGAAUCCACCAAGCUCCAUUACUCUUGCAACAAACAAAGCUAACAUCAAGAUCUGCUUGCAUCGAAUUAUAUACCAUCUCUUGGAAGAAAUGGGGAAGGUAAUUGUUGAGAAAGCACCAGGCACUUGUGAGACAAAGGUUGGUGGAGAAGCUGAAGUACUGGGUAUCUUUGAGCUCAAAGGCAGGAGUAAAUCAAAGGGUCCAGAUGUCAAAAUUGCUGGGUGUCGUGUGGUUGAUGGCCGCUUCACUAAGUCUUCAACAUUGAGGUUGCUGAGGAGUGGAGAAGUUAUUUUUGAAGGUUCUUGUGCUUCGCUAAAACGGGGAAAGCAGGAUGUGGAUGUUGUCGGUAAAGGCACCGAGUGUGGAUUAGUCAUUCAGGAUUGUGAUGACUUUCAGGUGGGAGAUGUCAUCCAAUGCCUAGAACAUGUUAUUAGAAAGCCCAAGUUUAUUUCAUCUGAGAGUGGCGCAGUCCAUAUCGAGUGCUGAUAAUUUGCAUUGAAAGGAAUAGCUAAAACUUCGCUGCCUCCUUUUGCUACAUUAGUUGCUCCUUGUGAAUCCAAAUUAUUGACCAGACAGAGAUACUAUGCUUCUGGUAGCAGUAAGAUUUGCCGGAGAAAACAUACAGGGUUGCAAAUUUUCUGGGAGUUGAUACUUACCUGCAAAUUUUCUAGGAGUUGCAUACUUACCUUCAAGAUUGAGAGACUUACCACUGUAAUUUAUUGUUCCAACUUUAUUUCUUCUUUACACUGCAAAUCUUGGUUAACCUUUUGUAGCCUCUCUAUUAAUAUAAGCUGCUGGAGAAUUGGAAAUUUUA